GCAUACGUACAUACUGUACUCUCUCACCUUAAAACCCAUAAAUUGAAAUAACAGCUUCCCACACUUAAUCUGUAAAAGUCAAACUAAAGAGAGAAACAAUGGCGGCCGCUGCAGUUCAGAGUGCUAUUCCCAGCUCCGGCUUCAACUCCGUUCAAGGAGUCCAAUUCCAGCCACAGCUUGAUCAACAAACGACUUACAAGAGCAUUCCUAAGCACGACGUAAACACCAUUCUCAACUUUUUCAAGGACAACGAAGAUGGCUCUCCUCCUGCGCCUACGUACGUUGGAAAGCCCGAGACGUAUACCAACCGGCCGAUUGCGUCGCAUCAGGUAACCAUCCACGACGUUGCAGGAGAAGAGGACAAGUACACACUCGACAAGAGCGGAUUCCAAUUCCAUCGCCAUACUUCGAUUGAGAAGGACUUUCUGGAUGAUGACCAGAUCAAAGCGAAAUAUUACCCUGAGACGGAGCAACUCCUCAAGGAUGUAACCGGAGCAUCCAAAAUCUUCAUCUUUGAUCAUACCAUCCGCCGUCACAACCCUGACGACACUACUACCUCGGCGAAUUCGGAUGCAGCCCUUCGUGGCCCUGUCCAGCGAGUCCAUAUCGAUCAGUCUUACACCGCGGCAGCCUCCCGUGUUCCGUUUCACCUUCCCGAGGAAGCAGAAGAGCUUUCCAAAGGCCGCGUACAGAUCAUCAAUGUUUGGCGUCCGAUCAAACAGGUCCAACGCGAUCCCUUGGCAGUUGCUGAGGCGGAGUCAGUUGUAGAGGAGGACCUGGUCCCAAUUGGCCUGAUCUACCCUAACCGUAAUGGAGAGACACUCAGCGUGAGGUAUAACGAGGGACACAGGUGGUUCUACAAAUCCGGCUUGACACCCGAGGAAGUCCUCCUCAUUAAGUGCUUUGACAGCAAGACGGACGGAAGAGCACGACGAGUGCCGCAUACUGCAUUUUCGGACUCGACUUCACCUGCAAGCGCGCCAACGCGGGAGAGUAUUGAGGUCCGAGCGCUGGUAUUCCACCCAGAUGAUAGGGAAUAGAUAGAUGUAAGAUGAUGAUUUGAUGGAUGAUUUGAGAUUCACAGCAUGAUUUGUUGUAAAUGUAUGCGGGACAAGACUGGAAGAACCUCAAUUGGAUGGAAGACCGUUUAUUAGUGAAAUUGAAAUGUACUCUACACUGCUCAGACAGCUAAAAUAUAUGAUGAU